AAUCGAGGGGGCGGUGCUAAGAGGAGGGGUGGAGCCGAGACGCGCCGGGCUCUUCUUAACGCGGUGGACGGGGCUACGCUCCUCGCCUGCAGCGGCGUCGUCGGAACGCCCGCCCCGCCGGAUCCGCAGCUUUGAAGAAGAUUCCAGUCACGUGACCCACUGUACUCUUUCUCCCAAAGAAAGUCCACUGUGUCUUUGCUUAAGAAAAUGGAGAAGCUGAUAUCAGAGAAGCCUGCUCCAGUAUCUAAGGAUGAAAUGCGUUCCCUUCCUUCCCAGGCCAAGCCAGAUACAAACUCGUGCCCUUAUGCUUCUGGCAAAUACUUCCUUCCUGGUGGGACAGACAAUGAGGACUGUAAGACUAACGAUAAGGAAAGGAAGUGGAUCCGUCCUGAUACACCCAGCAAAUGCACGUGGAAGCUUGGGAAACCCAUCUCUGCUUCCCCCCAUCGUCAUAUGUCUCUGCCAGACCCUCCAAACAUUCUGCCCAACAUCUUGAAUAAAGUUGGCAACACACCGUUGGUGCGGAUCAACAAGAUUGGGAAGCACUUUGGGCUGAAGUGUGAACUCUUGGCAAAAUGCGAGUACUUCAAUGCUGGGGGCAGUGUGAAAGACCGCAUCAGCCUGAGGAUGGUAGAGGAUGCUGAGAGAGCUGGGAUUUUGAAGCCUGGGGACACGAUCAUAGAGCCAACCUCUGGAAACACAGGAAUUGGGCUGGCCUUGGCUGCAGCAGUGAAGGGUUACCGCUGUAUCAUUGUGAUGCCAGAGAAAAUGAGUAUGGAGAAGGUGGAUGUCCUGAGAGCUCUGGGUGCUGAGAUUGUGAGGACCCCAACUACUGCCAGGUUUGAUUCUCCUGAAUCUCACGUGGGUGUAGCAUGGAGACUGAAGAAUGAAAUCCCCAAUGCACAUAUCUUAGACCAGUACCGUAAUGCCAGCAAUCCCCUGACACACUAUGAUACUACAGCUGAAGAGAUCCUGCAACAGUGUGAAGGAAAAAUAGACAUGUUUGUGGCUACAGCUGGUACAGGAGGUACCAUCACUGGUGUCUCCAGAAAGCUGAAGGAGAAGUGUCCAGGUUGCAAAAUCAUAGGUGUUGAUCCUGAAGGCUCCAUCCUUGCUCAACCCGAUGAACUGAACAAGACCGACAAGACAAUGUAUGAAGUGGAAGGAAUUGGAUACGAUUUUGUUCCCACCGUGUUGGAUAGAUCUCUGGUGGACCAGUGGUACAAGAGCAAUGAUGAGGAGUCAUUUGCUUUAGCACGCAUGCUGAUCCGAGAGGAAGGAAUCCUGUGUGGUGGCAGCUCAGGCAGCGCAAUGUCUGUAGCUGUGAAGGCAGCCAAAGAGCUGAAGGAGGGUCAGCGCUGUGUUGUUAUCUUCCCUGACUCUAUCAGGAACUACAUGUCCAAGUUCUUGAGUGACAAAUGGAUGAUUCAGAAAGGGUUCAUGACAGAAGAAGACCUUGUCAAAAAACCUUGGUGGUGGAAUGUCAGUGUUCAGGAGUUAAGCCUCUCGGCUCCCCUGACUGUGCUUCCAACUGUUACCUGUGCAAAGACUGUUGAAAUUCUUCGGGAGAAGGGGUUCGACCAGGUACCAGUUGUUGAUGAAUCUGGGGUGAUUUUGGGCAUGGUUACUCUAGGUAACAUGCUUUCUUCACUGCUUGCUGGAAAAGUUCAGCCUUCGGAUGAAGUCAGCAAAGUUAUCUACAAGCAGUUCAAGCAGAUUAACCUGAAAGACAGCUUGGGGAAGCUCUCUCAUAUCCUGGAAACAGACCACUUUGCUCUAGUGGUUCACGAACAGAUUCAGUAUCACACUGAUGGUUCCUCCAGUAAGCGACAAAUGGUGUUUGGCAUUGUUACGGCCAUUGACCUGCUCAACUUUGUGACUGCGCGAGAACGGGAAAGAAAGAUCAACUAAAGUCAAGGAGCAGUCAGGAGCCUCUUCAGUAAUAUUUUGCAAUCUCCAACAAAGAAUCAGGUUUAUUUCUUAGGUUGAAUGGUCUGUUAAGGUGUUUGUUUGGAAAUUCUGAAAAUAAGCAGUUAGCGAUCCUGGUGUCAGCUGUACAGCUAAUGCUUUCUACUCAUUGCACAGUUUCUGGGAGUUUGUUUCAUAAUCAAGUUACAUGAUAUUUCUGAAGACAAUUUAUUUUUUUACCUAUAUAUAUAUGUGUGUAAAAAUACUGCCUAAAUUAACUGGUGUGUUCCUUACCUGUUGUGUCCAAAGCCUGGCUUUUCAAAAAUAUUGUCAGAUGAAUUAAAUAUGUUGAAAAGAGUUAUAAGGCAGAAGUCUAAGAGCUCUGGAAGGCAUUUCUUUUUAAUGUGCGGGGUUGUUAAGUUAGACAGUAUAGCGUAGAAACAAAAACAUGGAAUUGGGCUGUGAAGAAGGGAGUAGGUAUUUCCCUUUUGGUGACGUCAGUGUAGAAUGGGAGCAGAGAUUGAGGGCUGGAGUUGAGGUUUGGUUCAACCAGCUCCUCUGAGACAGAGCUGACUUGGCUGACAAACAAAAAAUAGUGAUUUGUUCUACAUGGUGCACUAGCUCUCACUGCAAAGAUAGACCUUUCUCUUUAUUCCAACUAUACCUCAAUUAGUAAGCAUGGAUGGAAAGAAAGAAAGCCUGAGCUUUUUGCCCGAAGGUUGUUUGCCAUUCUUUGCCAAGAAUGAAAGUUAUGAUCAGUAAGAGUGACAUUUCUUAGCUUUAUCUCUUCUUUCUAUUCUGCUGGCUUCCCUGUGACAGUGGAAUUGAACUGUGUGCCACAAGGAGAGGUGUUCUCUGUCCUCCAUCAGAAAGCUCUGUCCCACAUCAGUGCUGAGCAAAACCAUGAAGCAGAAUCUUUGCACGUGCCUAUUGGCUGAUGGUGACUUGGCGGAGGCAGGAAACACAAAGGUAGGGAAGAGCUCAAAGCCAAAGUGACACCAGAGAUGCUGUCAAUCCAUCUGCAGUGUGACUGGCUGGUUUGUCUGCUAGCUGCUUCUUUUUCUGGGGCUAAUAAGAACUUUGUAAAAAAGCUUCAGGUAGAUAUGUUAGUUCUUUAAUGAUGUAACAAUGGAAGCUAGGUUAAUUCCACGCUUAUUCCGUUUACCUCCUUAGUCAUCAACUCUCCUUUUUGGAAUAGGGUUAGUAAUGAAGUAAUAUAACACAGCCUCCCUUGAGAACUCACUUUCAUCAAGAAUGAGUGAUGGAGACUGGUAGACUAAACAAAAAAAAAAUUGGGAAUUGGGAGUUGCUGGGUUGCAGUCAGGAGAGGAGAGAAAGGAAGCAGAAGUCACCAAAGAGAUCUGCUCUGUUACUUGGAUGGAAGCAGGUGGCCUUGCAAUUUUAAUUAACAGGUUGAUGCUCUAUCCCUAGUGAAUUAUUCUACAGGCAGAAAAUAGUCUAGAUCCACUCUUUGAGACUCUGUUAGUGCCUGGAUUCAUCUUUUAAAAUUGUUUUCAUAGAAGCUAGACAGCAAGAGUCAUCAGUUUGGCUCACUGGGGAGAGGAAGAACACUCCAGGAAUGAUUCAUCUUUAAUACCCAUUGUGGAACAGGGCUGAAUGACACCAGAAGAUACUUACCUUAAAAUAUGGCUUAACCAUUAAAUUCAUAGAAUUGUAGAAUGGUUUGGGUUGGAAGGAACCUUUAAGAUCAUCCAGUUCCAACCCCCCUGCUAUAGGUGGAGACGCUUCCCUCUAGACCAGGUUGCUUGAAGCCCCAUCUAGCUUGAGUGUGUGAUAACCUCUCUGGGCAACCUGUGCCAGUGUCUCACCACCCUGACAUUAAAGAAUUUCUUCCUAAUAUCUAGUCUACCUAUACUCCUGUGAGAUUUAAGACAACUUUUGCUAAGACUCUGGAAUAAACUGCCAUACAAUCUAAAAAUUUGCCAUUUCAACAACAAUUGGUUUUAGAGGACGGUAGGUUUCUUUAAUUUUUGUUGUUUUGUCUCAUGCUUUGUAGCGGUUCUGCCAGUGACAGAUGUAAGAAGUCAUCUUUCAAAUGGAAUUUUGGAGCUAAUUCCCCAAGGGGUCAUAAAUAUAUUAGUACAGUUAAGGGCAAGUCUUAGCAAUUCUAACAGCUUACUUCUUAGUGUAGGCAGAACCUGUGAAUGGUCAGUUGUAUGCACACAUUAGUAUUUCAGCCCAACUUUUAAGUUUCUUUCCCAGUUAUUUCAAAUACUGUUAUCAGAUGUAUUUCCUGGGAGUACCAAGAGGGACUUAUUUCUUUGGUUCUAUUUUCUCUGCAUCCUUGGAUUCUGUGAAAGAGUCUGUACUUCACUGAGUACUGCUGACUGGAAUAUCUGCUACAACCAUAGCUGUUAAUGUUGCUGAAUUUUGGCAUUACUGUUGCUCUUAAAAAUUUACUAAUUUACUUUACUAAUCUGAUUCUUCUCCAUGUUUUUCCAUCUGAUCCUGUCUAUGGGGAUAGAGGGCACUUAGUUUCUUUCUCCUUUUCCUUUUGUGACUGUAAAACUCCACAUCCCAGCCUAACAGAAUUUGGCAAGACAUCUGAGGAUGGCAGGCAGAGGGCAGUUGCCUCACUUCUCAUAAGGGCAGUACAAGAGAGACAUAGGAUUGCUAUGUUCAGGUUGAGGAAACAGAUUAAUGGGCAGCUUUACCUUUGACACAGUGGGAAGUAUGAAGAUUUUAGCUUUUUAUUUUAGUUCAUAAAUUAAUCUCUGCUAUGUCCUGAAAACCAGGUGGUGCUUGUACAACAGAAGGGUUGACCAGAGUUGGCAAGGAAGAAGGGCUGUGAGUCAAAAGCAAUCCAAAUAACCCAAAUUAAUCUAACUGUGCUGCUCUGCAUGCAGUUUGUUAGGAACUGUUUCAUGCUCUGAACUGGCCCAAGGAGAUGCUCACUGACUGCUCUUAUUCGGAGUAGCAACCCUGUAUGGUCAGUGGAACUGGGGAAAUAACUGGAGUUUCUGAAUGAUUGAAAAAGUUUCCAGAGCUCUCUCCUGUAGCAGGGAUGAAGACAGCAAGGGGAUGGGAGUUCCUGCAGAAUGGAAGUUCCUGUGAUGCAAAAGUUCAUCAGCGUGAUGCUUUACUGCAUACCUGAAAGUGCUCUUAUUACCUUGAUCCUAGUGACAAGCUGUAGGGCUAUAUAUUACUGCUUUACUGAUCUCUCUUUCUUUUUCAAAUAUUAUGAGGACCAGGAAAGACAUUGCUGUUUGUUUGGUCUUUAAUCCAGAGUUUGAGUCUAAAGCUUGAACAGAACUUUUUUGUUUUUUUCUUCUGAAGUGGGUGUCUGUAUCUUCUGUUUACUUGUGCUGGUUAAGUACAUGCUGACCAUCAGCCUGGAAACUAUUUUGCACAUGGUUAUUUAUAUAAACUGUGCUGUGUCACUGUAGGAGAAUAUCGGUCCUUUUGCUUUUCUUUACUCUGCAAGAAUGCUUUUAUUUUCUCAUAUGGAGACUUUUAUCCGAUAGAAGCUGUACAUUCUGCAAGGAGUUAUCAAGCAAGAAUGUUAGGAUCAUUUUGAAAUUGUAAUGACCAAUAUUAUUACUUCCCACUCUUUCCACAAGCUGUGGCUGACUUCAGAACUCCUUGUAGCCAAGUUUCUUUUAAGUGCCUGGACCAGUCCCCUGCCCACCAAGUUGCUAAAUGGUUUCUGGAAAGUUCUGUUGUGAGUUUAGCAUAUCGUGCUCACUGUUAGCAGUUGCCUGGUACUGCGACUGUUGUCCAACAGGCUUUCUAACUGUGUAGCAUCAGCACACUACAAUGACAAAGGGAAGACUUUUUACGUUUUAAGGAGCUGGGAAAAAUUCAUUGCACAAACAUUUGCAAUACGAUGUAAAGAAUUCAAUAAAAGCUAUUUGAUUGCAGAA